GGACACUGAAACCGUUCCAUGCUUCCCUCUGAAACGAGAGCGAUGCAGUUUGCGCAGUCGGUAAAAUACGUUGUAUCAAUAUACAUGGUCUGCUUCUCGCGGCUCUCCUGUCAGCUACCACCCUAUCAACAUGCUCAACAGGUCUCUGUCGAUUUAAUACUGUGGCGAUUAGUCGGGAAAGGAAGAAUCGUGUCAUGCAAAAAUGAUUUUAUUUCACUUAACGUUUCGGAUCGAGCACAGCAACGAAGCACUUUGUAGACGACGUAAUGGUUUAACAUCCUAACGAUCGAUUCUUCCAAAAAUAUAGCGUUCAACGAAAUAUCCAUAAAAAUGGAUUAUCUCAGCUCUGAACUGAUGAAGGAUCUCGUUUUAGAGGUUAAGAAUGACACCAAGAACAAAACUAAGGAAGCUGGGAGGUGCGAAAAUGGAAGUCGGCCAACUACUUCGCUUAAAGUUGAAAUGCAGAUACUAAGGAUAUCGGGGGAAUCUGAGAAACAGCUGUAUGACACGCUGAGAAAUAUUUAUGGAUCUGACUUUCGGUUAUGCGAUGCUUCAGAAUUUAAAGAGAAACGUUCAAAUCUGGGAAAGCAGUAUUGGAUGCAAAGAGGUAACCUUGUGAUAAAAGGUGUUGUCGAUUAUUCGACUAGAGACACUACACCUAAAACACAGGAGCAAAUAACAAGGCAGUUCGCGACGUCGAAGUUGGAAAGUUAUAGUUUCCAUUCCUCGCAUUGUUCCGAAGCAUUGGCACACACGGAUGGCGAUUUGGGAAAGGCCUUGGAAAUUCUGUUUCGUAAAUACUAUGAAAUUGAUGAUCUACCAAAAAUGAACUUAAACGAUACAGAACUCAAUGAUUUAAUGGAAAAGAGGGCCGAUGAGAAACUGGCUCUAGAAUCGAUUUACGGUGAUGCUUUCAUAGAGAAGAUUAAAAAUCAAAUUUGGUUGAUUAAAUUAAAGCUAGAGUAUUUAUUGCACAAAAGUCAAAGUAAUGAAAAGAAGAAACCAAAGAAAGAUAACAAGGAAAUAUGUAGAUUAUUUGUACAAGGUAAAUGUAGAUUCGGAGCAAAAUGUAAAUUUCUCCAUCGUCAACCAGAAUCGGAGCCAAAAACACAAGAAGUGAAGGACGAUCCAUAUUUCACAUUGGAAAUUAGAUUCCCUGAGGGCUGCAUGUACCCUUAUGAACCACCAUUUAUUUAUUUCUAUAAAAAUGAAAUGGCGUGUCCAAAGAUAGAAUAUCUGAGAAUUGUUAGAAGAUUACACAAUGAGGUAAUAGAACACAGUGUGGAUGGUACCCCUUCCUUAUUUUCUGUAAUUUCUCUGUUGGAGAACGAGAGUGAAAUGAAAUCAUAUCUUAGUGAAAGUAAAGAGGAAUUCUUAGAUAAGGAUGAUCCACUUUUUCCUAUACUUUCGAACAACGAUGCAACCUGUGUUACCACACAUUAUGAAAAGAGUUCUACUGGUCGACACCGAGAUCAAAUACCUUGGGAAGAUAUAGUUAAUCAAGAUGAUGAAAUUCGGACUAAAUUUAUGGAAAAGCAAAAAAGUACAAGAUAUAAAAAAAUGAAGGAAGCUAGGAGGAACUUGCCAGCAUGGUCAAAAAUGAACGAAAUUAUCGAAAUCAUAUAUGCAAAUCAGGUCACCGUUAUUUCAGGUGAAACAGGUUGCGGCAAAAGUACUCAGGUUCCUCAGUUCCUCCUGGAUGAUUGGAUUGUAAACAGAACCGACAAAGGUAAAGAGCAUGCGGAAAUCAUUUGUACGCAGCCUCGUAGGAUAAGUGCUAUAGCAGUAGCUGAACGGGUAGCGGCAGAAAGAGACGAACGCGUAGGUCAUACAGUCGGAUAUCAAAUACGCUUGGAGAGUAAAUUAUCUUCGUGGACCAGAUUAACAUUUUGUACAACAGGAAUUCUAUUACAACGUCUAUGCAGCGAUUCCGAGUUGCGCAACGUGACUCAUGUCAUAGUGGACGAAGUGCAUGAACGAAGUGCGGAAAGCGAUUUUCUGUUAAUGCUAUUGAAGCAAUUACGAAGAAAAAGACCGGACCUAAAAAUAAUUUUAAUGAGUGCCACUCUGAAGAGCGAUACGUUCUCGUCCUACUUCGGGGAAAUCCCUGUUCUAGAUAUUCCCGGCAGGACGUUUCCGGUUGAGCAAAUCUUCCUGGAAGAUAUCCUUGAUCGAGCAGAUUAUAUACUCGAAGAGAACUCCAGGUUCGCAAGAAGAGUUCGGGAGGGAUCCGAACAACUCGAGAUCGAGUUGGAAGCUGCAGAUGUCGAGGCUGCAUCCAAUGAUCCUCCAAGAGACAAUAUUCUUGAUGAAAAUUUGACACUUGCUCAAACUCUUGGAAGAUAUCAGGGUCAUGCUAAGCAAACUUAUAAAAACCUGUAUCUUAUGAAUCAUGAGAAAAUUAAUUAUGAACUGUUGGAGAAAGUAUUGGAAUGGAUCGUUGACGGCGAACACGAUCACCCGAGGGCGGGAUCCAUUUUGGUAUUCCUACCUGGCUCGGCAGAAAUCAUUGCGAUGAGGAAUCUUCUUAAUGAGAGUAAAAUAUUUUGUCAAAGGACCGGCAGGUUUACCGUGAUUCCUCUACACUCGAUGCUCUCUAGCGAAGAACAGAGUUUAGUCUUCAGAAAACCUAAGGAGGGAAUGCGGAAAGUGGUUCUUAGUACAAACAUAGCCGAAACUUCGGUAACGAUAGAUGAUUGCGUAUUUGUAGUGGACACAGGGAAGAUGAAAGAGACGAGAUUUAAUUCCAACCAGAAUAUGGAAAGUUUAGAAACUUGUUGGGUCUCGCGAGCCAAUGCUCUGCAAAGGAAGGGUCGAGCUGGUCGUGUUAUGCCGGGAGUCUGCAUACACCUUUACACGUCUCAUAGAUUUAAACAUCAUUUCCUGGGCCAACCUGUUCCUGAAAUACUGAGAAUAUCCCUGGAACCAUUGCUGCUACGCAUUCAAAUUUUGUUAAAAGGAAAAGACGUUGACUUUCAUGAAACUUUAGGUAAUAUGGUGGAACCACCAUCGAGAGAAAGUAUCUCCGAUGCAUUAAAGCGAUUACAAGAUGUCGGAGCAUUUGACUCCGAUUACAGAUUGACACCAUUGGGCCACCACCUAGCCGCAUUGCCUGUCGAUGUCCGAAUUGGAAAAUUAAUACUGUAUGGUGCUAUUUUUCAAUGUGUAGACAGUGCGCUGACCAUAGCAGCUUGUUUGUCUCAAAAAAGCCCGUUCGUUGCGCCUUUCGAUAAAAAGACUGCCGUAGAUGCAAAAAAAAAGGAAUUUUCUACUGCUAAUUCGGAUCAAUUAACAAUAUUAAAAGCGUACAAGAAAUGGUUAGAAGCUUGUUCGCGCAGUUUUUCUGCCGGCCAAGCAUUCGCCAACGAAAAUUAUUUGUCUGUAAGAAUAUUGCAAAUGUUGGCCGAUAUAAAGCACCAAUUUUUGAACUUAUUAAAUUCAAUCGGCUUUGUCCCUGUGAAUGGGACAAGGCGACAAAUGGGAGUAGACAAAGUGCUAGAGAUGACUGGAUAUGAAUUAAAUGCAAACAACGAAAAUUAUAAAUUAUUGCAAGGCUUACUGUGUGCAGCGUUGUAUCCUAACGUUGUCAAAGUACUCACACCGGAAAAAUCGUUUCAAGUGCAAUGUGCCGGAGCCAUUCCAAGGCAACCUGGUCCCGAGGAAUUAAAAUUUAAAACCAAACAGGAUGGUUACGUAAACAUCCAUCCGUCUUCUGUUAAUUUUACUGUAGGCCACUUCACGAGCCCUUACUUAGUCUUUCAAGAGAAAAUUAAAACCAGUAAAAUCUUCAUUAGAGACAUCUCUAUGGUACCGAUACUGCCGAUGGUCUUAUUCUCUGCAUAUGGUAUCGACAUAGAACUGCACAGCGGAACCUUCAUUUUAUCUUUGGAGGAUGGAUGGAUUAUGUUUGGAGUAGAAUCCCAUAGAGUUGCUCAACUUUUGCAGCAUAUGAGGAUUGAACUAGUUAAAUUAUUGGAAUUAAAGAUGCAGGAUCCUCUGUUGAAUCUGCUUAACCAUAAGCAGGGUAAAAGAAUUAUCAAUACUAUUGUAAGUAUUGUAACGAGAGACUGAAAGGCAAGU